CAGUUUCUGAAUCUCGUCCGGCCAUUCCUUCCACUCCUGCCAGAGGUUUCUUCGCCAGAUUGUAAAGUAUUUCCUUUCAACCAAAAGCUGCUAUGGAUCGCCGUUACGCUACUCAUUGGCUUGGUCUGCCGUCAAGUACCACUGUAUGGCAUCAUGGCUUCGGAUUCCUCUGACCCUAUGUGCUGGAUGCGUGUCAUCCUUGCUUCCAACCUUGGAACCCUCAUGGAGCUUGGUAUAAGCCCUAUCGUUACGUCCGGAACGACUAUGCGACUACUGAAUUUAAUCGAGGUCGACUUCAGCUUGAAGGAAGACCACACGCUGUUGAGACUUGCGCGU